AGAGCUUCCUCAGCACAGCUGGACUCUCCUGGAGACCUUCACACACCCUGAUAUCUGGGCCCCGCGCUACGAGGGUGCUUUCACUGGUCUGCACUAUGCCCCAGGCCCUGGGACUUUGAACAGCUCUGCAGGUGACUGAAAGGUGCAGCCAGGCUGGGGAACGACCUGGUUUCAGCCCCAGCCCCGCCACUGACUGACUUUGUGAGUGUGGGCAAGUCACUCAGCCUCCCUAGGCCUCAGUGACUUCCCUGAAAGCAAAAACUCUGCAAAGGGGCAGCUGGGUGCUGGCUCACACCUGUAAUCCCAGCACUUUGGGAGGCUGAGGUAGACAAAUCACUUGAGGCCAGGAGUUCUAGACCAGCCUGGCCAACAUGGUGAAACCCCAUCUCUACUAAAGAAAAAAAAAAAAUUAGCUGAGCAUGGUUGUACAUGCUUGUAAUCCCAGCUACUUGGGAGGCUGAGGCAGGAGGAUUGCUUGAACCCAAGAGGUGGAGUUUGCAGUGAGUUGAGAUUGUGCCACACUGCACUCCAGCUUGGGUGACAGAGUGAGACUCCAUCUCAAAAAAAAAAAAAAGAGAGAAUCCUGCUUUCUUGCUGUUGUGAUGGUGGUAAGGGAACGGGCCUGGCUCUGGCCCCUGACGCAGGAACAUGGAGCUGAUCCAGGACACCUCCCGCCCGCCACUGGAGUACGUGAAGGGGGUCCCGCUCAUCAAGUACUUUGCAGAGGCGCUGGGGCCCCUGCAAAGCUUCCAGGCCCGGCCUGAUGACCUGCUCAUCAGCACCUACCCCAAGUCUGGCACCACCUGGGUGAGCCAGAUACUGGACAUGAUCUACCAGGGCGGCGACCUAGAGAAGUGUAACCGGGCUCCCAUCUACAUGCGGGUGCCCUUCCUUGAGGUCAAUGAUCCAGGGGAACCCUCAGGGAUGGAGACUCUGAAAGACACACCGCCCCCACGGCUCAUCAAGUCACACCUGCCCCUGGCUCUGCUCCCUCAGACUCUGUUGGAUCAGAAGGUCAAGGUGGUCUAUGUUGCCCGAAACCCAAAGGACGUGGCGGUCUCCUACUACCAUUUCCACCGUAUGGAAAAGGCGCACCCUGAGCCUGGGACCUGGGACAGCUUCCUGGAAAAGUUCAUGGCUGGAGAAGUGUCCUACGGGUCCUGGUACCAGCACGUGCAGGAGUGGUGGGAGCUGAGCCGCACCCACCCUGUUCUCUACCUCUUCUAUGAAGACAUGAAGGAGAACCCCAAAAGGGAGAUUCAAAAGAUCCUGGAGUUUGUGGGGCGCUCCCUGCCAGAGGAGACCGUGGACUUCAUGGUUCAGCACACGUCGUUCAAGGAGAUGAAGAAGAACCCUAUGACCAACUACACCACCGUCCCCCAGGAGCUCAUGGACCACAGCAUCUCCCCCUUCAUGAGGAAAGGCAUGGCUGGGGACUGGAAGACCACCUUCACCGUGGCGCAGAAUGAGCGCUUCGAUGCGGACUAUGCGGAGAAGAUGGCAGGCUGCAGCCUCAGCUUCCGCUCUGAGCUGUGAGAGGGGCUCCUGGAGUCACUGCAGAGGGAGUGUGCGAAUCUACCCUGACCAAUGGGCUCAAGAAUAAAGUAUGAUUUUUGAGUCAGG